UGUUGACAGACACUGGAGUAGAGGGAUUGGGUAGGAUUUUUUUUUUUACAACUCCCUGGUAAUUGGCCUUUGAUAUUAAAUACCGAAAGUGUGAGGAUAUGUGCGUUUUUAACAGUCGAACCAACUAGCAAGCAAACCCUUGAAGACAAUUACAUUGUCACAUCUGGCAGGUUUGAGACGGGGAUCCUGCUGGCGUGUAUAGCCGAAGGGGAAAGCUACGAUGCUGUGCUGGGGAAAUGCUUCCUACGGACAGUUAGGCUUGGGUGGGAUAGACGAAGAGAUUGUGGUGGAGCCACGACAAUGUGAAUUCUUACACGGGAAGAAAGUGUGCGGCGUGGGGUGUGGCCACAGACACACAGCCUUCCUGCUGGAGGAUGGGACGGUAUACACUUGUGGCUGCAAUGACCUGGGGCAGCUGGGACAUGAGAAGUCCAGAAAGAAACCAGAACAGGUUGUGGCCCUAGAUGCACAGAUCAUACUUGCAGUGUCAUGUGGAGAGUCCCAUACACUCGCCCUGAAUGACAAAGGGCAGGUGUUCUCAUGGGGUCAGGGGUCAGAUGGGCAGUUGGGUCUAAAUAACUUUGAAGAAUGUGUCCGUGUGCCUAGAAAUAUCAAGAGUUUGUCAGAUAUACAAAUUGCUCAGGUAGCCUGUGGGUAUUGGCACUCCCAUGCACUUUCAAGAGGGGGCCACGUCUUCUCCUGGGGCCAGAAUCGAUAUGGACAACUUGGGCUAGGAAUGAACGGACAGAGUAUCUCCAUGCCCCAAAUCAUUCAGUCUCUGCAGGGCAUUCCUUUUGCUCAGAUAUCAGCCGGCGGUGCUCACAGCUUUGCCCUCACUCUCUCAGGAGCGGUGUUUGGUUGGGGGCGCAACAAGUUCGGUCAGCUGGGUCUUAAUGACAGCAAUGAUCGGUCUUUCCCAACCCUGCUGAAGUCCCUCAGAUCGCAGAGAGUGAUUUACAUCUCCUGUGGAGAAGAUCACACAGCAGCACUGACCAAGGAAGGAGGUGUGUUUACGUUUGCGACUGGCAGCAAUCUGAGGCGGACAGAGGAAAUGAUAAAUGUCUGUUAUGAUUGCUGUAAUAAUCCCGAAUAG